GUCACAUGCAGUUACGCUGUGCAGGCGAGCAACGGAGACACCUGCGACUCGGUGGCUAGCUCAUGGAGCAUCUCCGUUUCGGAAUUCGAGUCCCUCAACCCCGGGGUGAGCUGCCCCACGCUGGUCGUCGGCCACUCAUACUGCGUCUUCGGCACAAUCACGACCAGUACCACGACCAAGCAGAGCCCGACACCACCUCCCGCUUCACCAACAACGAGCCCCUCAAAGACAACCACGAGCACCUCUACUACGUCGGCUUUUCCCUACCAGCCUACCCAAUCGGGCCUGGCAGCGAACUGCAACCAGUUCUACUUUGUCCAGGCAGGCGAUACCUGCGACGCCAUUGACCAGAAGUACCAGAUCAGCUUCUCUCAAUUCUACGCUUGGAAUCCCGCCCGCGAACCUAACACAACCCCAGAUUGCCACGCCCUGUUGGCCUCGACCUGGGUGUGCGUCGGCGUCCCUGGCGCAAGCCACACAACGGGGCCGCAGCCGCAGAUGCCGGGCGUCGUGGCCAGCUGCAAGACCUACUACUUCGUCCAGCCGGGCGACAGCUGCUGGUCUAUCGAACUGGCUAAGGGCAUCUCAGACGCCCAGCUGCACAAGUGGAACACGGGCAUCAACGCGGACUGCACGAACUUGUGGGCGAAUGCGUACAUCUGCGUGGGGGCGUAG